AUGCUGUACGAUGAUGGCUGCCGAGCUGCCAAUCCCGAACAGGCCGAAGAGCGAGAGGCGGCCAUUGAAGGUUCGCCUCCAGUUCUCGGCACCAUCACCCACCAAGACUCUUCCAAAUGCUCUCACUUUCUCCCAUGGGAAGGCAUUGACGGCGUCACACUCAUCUUCGGCGUCAUCCGCAACGAUGGCGCAUCAUUCUCGACCUACCCCAAGGCCCCAAUCGCAAACCACAUCCAAGGCCUCCGAGUCGCUCUCGGCAUCAACUCAACCUGGGCCGAAAAAGUCAUCGCAUCCGACAAGACAUUCCGCUGCGUCGACCAAGCCACCGUAUACGCCGGUGCACAGACCAAGGCCUUCAAGAAGGCGUACUACUACCAAUUCGAGCGCACGAUCAACGGCUACGAUCCUAAUAACCUCGGUACCCCCAAGGACAAGAACCCGGACAGCCCGUACUUCCGCGUCCCUGGCGCGGAUAUGCCAUGGUUUUUGGCGCGCGGUUACGACAAGGUUAUUGAAGGUGUCAAGAAUUAUGGCCAGUGGAACCAGGUUGAUGGCGGGAAGAAGAGUGGCGAUGAGGUCAGGCUGUUGGAUUGGCCCAGUACGAAUACUGGGUAUGUGGACAUGAAGCAGUGCGCCUGGCUGGGCUAUCCGCUGGAUUACUAUCUCAAGGGCGGUGUCUAA